AUGGCGCCUUUCACUUUCACUGCUCUCCUCUUCUUCUCUUUACUUCAAUCAACUUCAGGCAAAGCACUACUUCUCCACAACCAAACGAUUUCCACCGGCCAGACUCUGGUUUCCGAAACCCAAGUUUUUGAGUUUGGAUUUUUCCGUCCCGGAAAUUCCACCAACACAUUCUUAGGAAUUUGGUACAAAUCCAUCCCCGCUACCGUAGUCUGGGUCGCAAACCGAAACAAUCCCAUCUCCGAUCCCCAAUGCCCCGUCUUCUCCGUCUCCCCAAACGGCACUCUCCUCAUCACCACAGACGGAUCCGCCGUUAUCAUCUGGUCGGCAACCCCAUCAGCAGCGGCGUCACGGCCGUCUCUACGCCUUUUAGAAACCGGAAACCUCGUCGUCACGGAUGAGGCGAUCGAAGGAAGCGCCUACUUAUGGCAGAGCUUCGAUUCUCCAACUGACACGUGGCUUUCCGGUAUGAAGCUGGUGGACGAUCGCGACGCCGGCGUCAGCACCAACUUGACGUCGUGGCGAGACUGGAACGAUCCUUCUCCUGGAGAUUUCGUUGCGAAGAUCGAGAAUCAUGGCUUGCCUGAGAUGGUCGUUUAUGAAGGCUCGAGGAAAAAACUGCGGACUGGGAAGUGGAAUGGCCUCUCCUUCAACGGCCUCCCUCGCUUCCGCACCUCUGUCUCGAAAGCCGAGCUGGUCUUCGAAGAAGAGAGAUUAAUUUCCCUGGCAAUGCCUUAUGAGAGCUCGAUUAUCAUAAGAGCGAGGCUGGACUUAUCCGGCUCGGUCUACCACUAUGUUAUGAACCCUGGGAAGGAUAAGUGGAAUCCCGUGUACCCGUUCCCGCGAGACGAGUGUGAUGGGUAUGGUUAUUGCGGCCCUAAUGGGUUAUGCGCGGUGGAAAAUUCGCAUCGGUGUGAGUGUUUUAAAGGGUUUGUGCCGAAGUUUGCAGACCAGUGGGGGGUUCGGGAUUGGUCUGGCGGAUGUCGAAGGAUUAGCGCGUUGAAUUGCGAGAGUGGGGAUGGUUUUUUGGAGGUUAGAGGGGUGAAGAGCCCUGAUCUGUUGAGUUAUUGGUUGAAUGCUAGCAUGAGCCUUGAUGAGUGCAAAGAUGAGUGCUUGAAAAACUGUAGCUGCUCUGCUUGUGCUAAUCCUUAUAUAACUAAUGGAGGCACUGGCUGCUUGAUGUGGUUCGGGGAUCUCCUCGAUACCAGAGAGCUUCCUGCAGCGAAUGGCUUCCAGAACGUCUAUAUUCGCAUACCUCUUUCGCUUAUAGAUUCUACAUCCGAUGUGGAGAAGAAGAAAGCGCCUGUGAGCUUAAUACUAAUCUCAAUUGCUACUGGAGUCAUUGUUUCGACUUUUAUCAAUCGAGCUUUGCUUUUACUUGCAAGAUGGAAGAAGCGAGGGUUGAAGAAGAAUAACGAGGAUAUAGAAUUGCCGUUGAUCAAAAUGACAACUAUUCUGCAAGCAACAAACAAUUUCUCCCAAGAGAAAGUGAUAGGAGUAGGAGGUUUUGGUCCUGUGUAUAAGGGAAAUCUGUCAGGAGGAGAAGAAAUUGCAGUCAAAAGAUUGUCGAAAGCUUCUAGACAGGGUCUCGAAGAGUUCAAGAAUGAAGUUGUCUUCAUAGCGAAACUUCAACAUAGAAACCUUGUUCGGCUUCUUGGCUGUUGCAUUGAAGGAGAGGAGAUGAUGCUAAUAUAUGAAUACCUAGAGAAUAAGAGCUUGGACCGUUUUGUUUUUGAUCCGGAUCGAAGGAAACUUCUAACGUGGCCUAAGCGCUUCGACAUCAUCAUGGGAAUCACAAGGGGAAUGCUUUAUCUUCACCAUGAUUCCAGGUUAAAGAUUGUACACCGGGAUCUAAAAACGAAUAACAUUUUACUAGAUGCAAGUUUAAAUCCGAAAAUAUCAGACUUUGGGUUAGCAAGAACAUUUGAAGAGGAUGAAUCUAUAUCUAGAACGAAGAGAGUUAUUGGAACAUAUGGCUACAUGGCUCCGGAAUAUGUAUUUCAUGGAAAAUUCUCAGUGAAGUCCGACGUCUACAGUCUUGGAGUGGUGCUGCUAGAGAUAAUAAGCGGGAAAAAGAACAACGGAUUCCAACACAAUGAUCAUCUUAGCCUCCUAGGCCAUGCAUGGAUGCUAUGGAAAGAGAAGAGGAUUAUGGAAGUGAUGGACCAUUUUUUGAAGGAAACAUGUGAUGAAUCCCAGGUGAAGAGAUGCAUACAUGUGGGGUUAUUAUGCGUUCAAAAAUUAGCAGAAGAUAGACCCAUCACGCCAUCUGUAGCUCUGAUGCUAGCAACCGAGGGAGGGAUCCUGCCUGAACCGGAAGAACCCGGGUUUUUUUUGGAAGGAAGUAGUAAACGGAGCGAUCCACAAAGUUGUACAACACCACCAAGUACGAAUGCCACAGUUACCAUUACCGACUUGGAGGCAAGAUGAGAUUGCCACUUUCAUUGCAUACUCAAACUCACACAUCUGUGCAAUAUUAGCAAACUUGCUGGAAACAAGUUUAGGUAGCUAGGGUCGCAUGAACAUAGUGUUAUGUUAUCGCAUUGUCUAUAAAGUUAUCAAGUAUGAUCAAAGUUUAGUU